CGAUCAAGAACCCGUCUGGGGUUCUUACCUUCGCCUUGGCUUCCUCCUCCUUCUUGUUGGCGUCCUCGCCUCUCUUCUCGGAGCUCUUGCUCGCCUCAACCAGGUCGCACAGUCGGCGGGCAACGCCGCCAAGCUUUCCAUCAUCAAUUCUUCAUCCAUUAUCAAUUCUUCAACGAUCAUCAAUUCUUCAACGAUCAUCAAUCCUUCAACAAUCAUCAAUUCUUCAACGAUCAUUAAUUCUUCAACCAUCAUUAAUUCUUCAACCAUCAUCAAUUCUUCAACCAUCAUCAAACUCUUACCACCUCAUCCUCUCUGUGCACCACCAACCAUGACCAAUGCUGCUCUCAGUCCGCAGCCUGAGUUCGCCGUCAUGGCAGCCGGUUGCGAGGAGACAGCCAACAAUUUCACCAACAUGGCGGCACAAUUUCGAAACUGCCAGAAUUUGCCGACUCUGCAACGCGACAACGAGAUCGUGACUACGUUACGGGCCAUUGUCGAACAACUGGGUCGCAUCGAGGAGCGGAUGGAGCGCGGGUUUCGUCGUGUCGAGGUGCACCAGCUAAAUACCUACGCGCGCCUCGAGAACAGCCACAUUAUCGCCGCCAACGUCGCUGAGGACCUCAUACCGCUCUAUUCGUUGACGGCAGCUAAUGCCCAACCACAAGUUAUCCCAAACUUUCCCUCCCGCAUCGAGGACAUUAGCUAGUUAGACACCGGACGAGUCAACGAGUUGCUCUGUCAUUUGGACCAGGGUAUUAGCGGGAACCUGGCCCAGCGCAGGUCGAGGCUCAAGAGAGCGGUGGGGGGGUUCAUUCGCUACGAUAGCUCGGUUGUGAGGGUCUAAGCUCUGCGGCAUACUUACUGGCGUUUAGGGCGAGGCAUUGUUUGUUAGCACUAGCAUUAGGCUAGGGUUAGGGAUUUGGGUGGCUACGGAAGGAGACUGGCGAAAGAGGGGCCUCUUUAGGUAAUUCACUCGAAUAGCAUUGGGUACCAUUGUUGUCGCCGCUGCUCAUUUGGCUGCACUUCAGCGGAUCACCACCAGCACCACCCAUCACUGAGCCAUUCAGCUACACAACACUACUCCGCCAUCAAUACCCUUUGACGGCGGACAACUCAUUGACAAGCAGGACACCUACCUUCCUGCCUUCCUCCUCCCUCCGCCGUACCUUUCCGCACCGG